AUCUUUGGUCUGUGUCUAUUCUUCACGAGAGAAGUGUAUCUUGCAGACGAUAGGGUCUGGGAUUAUGGUGUGUGCUGUGUGGAAUGCUGAGUUGACGAAAUGUAUUGUGAUAUAGUAGUACUUAUUUUUUUAAUAAAUGUGAUUGGGAGGUCGUUUUCACACAUAAGUGCCGAUUCGAAUUCGUUAUCAGAACUGUAUGAUAUAGAAGGGAAAAUAUAUCCCCCUGAGGCACAAGUGUUGAGUAACUGGCAGGUUGUAACUAAAGUGCUUGUUAAUGGUGGUGAGUUUAUAGGCUUUUUGAAAGAGGACGGUACUUUCACCAUACAUAAUGUGCCUUCAGGAUCAUAUGUACUAGAAGUAGUCAAUCCGGAUUAUGCCUAUGAACCUGUGAGAGUGGAAAUAAAUUCUAAAGGCAAAUAUAGAGCAAGAAAAGUAAAUUAUAUACAGACAUCUCAAGUGAUACCAGUGACAUACCCUUUAAAACUGAAGGCUCUGUCUCGCUUAAGGUAUUUCCAGGCAAGAGAGCAAUGGAGAAUCACAGAUUUCCUGUUCAGUCCUAUGGUACUUAUGAUGGUACUACCGUUGUUACUUAUCAUGGUACUCCCAAAAAUGAUGAAUGAUCCAGAAACAAGAAAGGACAAUGCGUCCCGACAUGUUGCCAAGGCUGUUUCGACUAUGCUGCAGAUGUUUCAUUGGGAAACCUUACACAUCUUGUGUGCAGUCCCAAUCUCUCCUCAGAUGAUUUCCAUGUUUUUGGAGCCCUAAAGAAACACAUCCAUGGGCGUCGCUUUGUGUUGGAUAAAGAAGUGUACUCCUGGGUAAAAUCAGAGUUCCAUCGACAAUCACAACAUUUUUCCGAGAAGGAAUUGACCAUCUUGUCUUACAGUGAAAUAAAUGUAUUAACAGUUAUGGCAAUUACUUUUGAAAUAAUAAACAGUUUACUUAGUUUUU